CUACACCGUAGGACACUUUUUGCACUCGGAAUGAAAGAAGUAACCUAUAAAUCACGCAAUCUGAAUAAUUACUUUAAUACAAUAAAAAAGCUCGGAUUAGAUAAAACAACAUAUAAAAAUGGCAGGAGGGAAGAAUGUUCAAGCUGGAUUUCAACCGGAUUCGGAUGUUCAUAUUACGUAUGAAGACCAACAGAAAAUAAAUAAAUUUGCAAGGCAAAAUGCUAAAUUGGAAGAUUAUAAGGAAGAACUAAAAGUUAAGCAGAAUGAAUUAAAAAAUCUGGAAGAUGCUGCGGACGAAUUAGCUCUUAUGGAUGAUGACGUGAAGAUACCAUAUUAUAUUGGAGAAGUGUUUGUUCAUCAGGGACUUGAUAAGACACAGAACCAUUUGGAGGAUGCUAAGGACAAGAAAAAAGCAGAGAUUGCCAGUCUGGAAAAUAAAUGCACAGACUUGAAGACUAUCAUGACCGAAUUGAAAACUCAAUUGUAUGCAAAAUUUGGUAGUCGUAUAAAUUUAGAAGCAGAAGAGGAUUAACCUUUUCAAUGUAUGAUGCAUUUAUGUUUAUUUAUUAAUAUCUGCAUUUUUUAUCAUUUGCCAAUACAAUCCCAUUUUUUAAAAUAUAAUUCAUAAACAAAACCA